CGAGUGUCAUGCAAGUCAUCCAUGCACAUUUAUAAAUGCUCUGAAUCCGUUAUUAAAAUGAACGUCCUGCUUCUGAAAGAACCAAGAGAGGGAACCAAUGGUCCUGACCCUUACAUCAAGGAGUUGGCAGCAUUUGGACUGAAGGCCACCUUGAUUCCAGUUUUGUCUUUUGAGUUUGUGUCUUUGAACACCUUUUCAGAGAGGCUUUUUCAGCCUGAGAAACAUGGAGGGCUCAUUUUUACAAGUCCAAGGGCAGUCGAGGCUAUGAAAAUGAGUAUAGAAGCCAGUCCGAUGAGGGAUGAAUGGAACAUGGUGAAAGAAAAAUGGAAUGCCAAAUCUAUAUAUGUGGUUGGAAAGGCUACUGCUUCAUUAGUGCAAGAUCUAGGCCUGGACCCUCUUGGAGAGGACACGGGGACUGCAGACGUAUUGUCGCAGCUUAUCCUUGAAAGAGAAGAUUCCAGAAUACUGCCUCUUUUCUUUCCUUGUGGUUCUAUAAAAAGAGAGGUAUUACCAACUGCACUGAGGGAAAAUGGCAUCCCUCUGGAGACGCUAACAGUCUAUCAAACAGCCCGACACCCAGACCUAGAGAAAAACCUCCAGGAAUAUUUUAACCAGCAGGGUGUUCCAGCAAGCAUCACUUUCUUCAGCCCUUCAGGUGUCAAAUUCUGCCUGGAGACAGUGAGGAGAUUGGCAGGGCAGCAGCUGGAUCAGAUAAAGUUUGGAGCAAUUGGACCCACUACAGCGGAUGCCAUGCAGGCGGAGGGACUUAGCGUCAGCUGCUCUGCAGAGAAGCCCACGCCACAGCAUCUAGCUGCCGGGAUAGCAAGAACUCUACAACCUCAAAGCUCUUAACUCCUAACGUUGUACACACACACCCUCCUUCCGUCUGGUCUGCCCACCUGCAGAAGUCACUAUCACAUAUGAGGCACUAUCACAAUCACUGCUACUAAAGGGAUAUGAUAAAGAAAUGUGUUUUGAAAUUUUACUUGAUAUAUUGUCCCUCCGUCUUCCAGAGUGUCUGCUCAGUCAAAUGUGUUUCUUUCCAAUGAAUUCCUUCCUCCCACUAACAGAUUGUUGGCACUGGUGUUUUAUGUUCGUCUUUGUAUAGGCUAUACCUGUGUGUGUGUGUGUGUGUGUGAGAGAGAGAGAGAGAGAGAGAGAGAGUCUAUAAACGUGUUACUUUUUGUUAUGAUGCACAUUAGCCGU